GCUCCAGCGGCUCCUUUCCGACCUGGGAGGGCAGCGGUACAAAGUCAGCGGGAGGAUCCCGGAGGGCUCCGGUGGAUUCGAGGCUGCAGCGUGGGGACGUCUUGAAAGCAGAGCGGCGGGGCGACAGGAAGAGCCGCGGGCCGAGCCCUCCCCGGCUACUCCAUGCCUGGUUGGAGGCUGCUGGCUCAGGCCGGCGCCCGGGUGCUGGGCUGCGGCGCGAGCGGCCUGGGUGCUGCCCGGGGCUCGGGAAACAGAGCAGACAUCUGGCUUUUGGUUAGAAGUCUCCAUGGCAGGAGUGGUACUUGGUGGGAUGAGCAUCUUUCUGAAGAAAAUGUCUCAUUUGUUAAGCAGUUGGUCUCUGAGGAAAAUAAAGCCCAAUUAGCAAGUAAACUGUGUCCUUUAAAAGAUGAACCAUGGCCUCUACAUCCUUGGGAGCCAGGUUCCUCUAGAGUAGGCCUUAUCGCCCUAAAGCUGGGUAUGAUGCCUUUAUGGACCAAAGAUGGUCAAAAACAUGUGGUCACAUUACUUCAGGUACAAGACUGUCAUGUUCUAAAAUACACUCCAAAGGAAAACCAUGAUGGAAAAAUGGCAGCCCUAACUGUAGGAGGAAAAACUGUGUCACGUUUCUAUAAAUCUCCAUCUCUAUUGGAAUUUUACCAAGAACUUGGAUUGCCGCCAAAACAGAAAGUUAAAAUCUUUCGUGUAACAGAUAAUGCUGUGAUUAAACCAGGCACUCCUCUUUAUGCUGCUCACUUUCGCCCUGGACAGUAUGUGGAUGUCACAGCCAAAACUAUUGGUAAAGGUUUUCAAGGCGUCAUGAAAAGAUGGGGAUUUAAAGGCCAGCCUGCUACUCAUGGUCAAACAAAAACCCACAGGAGACCUGGGGCUGUUUCAACUGGUGAUGUUGCCAGAGUCUGGCCUGGAACUAAAAUGCCUGGACAAAUGGGAAACAAAGAUAGGACAGAAUAUGGACUAAAAGUGUGGAGAAUAAACACAAAGCACAAUAUAAUCUAUGUAAAUGGCUCUGUACCUGGACAUAAAAAUUGCUUAGUAAAGAUCAGAGAUUCUACACUGCCUGCAUAUAAGGACUUCUGUAAAAAUCUACCAUUCCCUACAUAUUUUCCUGAUGGAGAUGAAGAAGAACUACCAGAAGAUUUGUAUGAUGAAAAUGUGUGUCAGCCUAGUGCACCUUCUAUUAUAUUCUCCUAACCUCCGUGGACAUGGCAGAACCUCCUGUAUUUUAUGAGCUUUGAUGAGCCAGAGCAAUAUAUAACCAGGAAAUAUAUUUUCCUUUCGUAAUCACAGUACCACACUUGUCAUCUUUGUCAAGGGCAUAAAUACAUCAUUCCAUCCCCCAAACUAAAUUUUGUUUUAAAUAAAUUACCACAUUAAAUAAAUCAGUUAAAUAGACUGGAUAUGCCAGAUGUCGAUGGACCGGCCGUUUGCAUACGAGCAAAGUCUUUUGUAAUUUGUGAGCUUCAUCCUUUUUUACUACAUAUUCUAAAGUUA